ACCAAAUUUUAUGAGUCAGAAUCGGUCGUGGCACUCCAGUUUUCAUGAGGUUUUAGAAGCCAUUUUCUUACAGUUGUCUUUUAUUUUGUUGUCUUACGACAGGUGGGUUCGUAACGUUUGUCACUUAACGUUUUGUUAAAGAUUACCUGAUUGUGCGUUAAAAUGGCCAGUCGCAAGAUCCGUGGAACUGCGGGGGGAAAAAAACGCGCCCAGCGCGCAACCAGCAAUGUGUUCGCCAUGUUUGACCAGGCGCAGAUCCAGGAGUUCAAGGAGGCGUUCAAUAUGAUUGAUCAAAAUCGGGACGGUUUUGUUGACAAGGAAGACCUGCACGAUAUGCUGGCAUCCAUGGGUAAAAAUCCGACAGAGGAAUACUUGGAAAAGAUGAUUGGCCAAGCGCCUGGACCCAUCAACUUCACAAUGUUCUUGACAUUGUUUGGGGAGCGCUUACAGGGCACAGACCCGGAAGACGUGAUCAAGAAUGCUUUCGGUUGCUUCGACGAGGACGGCACAGGCCGGAUUAAUGAGGAUCGUCUGAGAGAAUUGUUAAUCACCAUGGGUGAUCGUUUCACCGAAGAACAAGUGGAUGAAAUGUUCCGUGAGGCUCCCAUCAAAGACGGCCUCUUCGACUAUGUUGAAUUUACGCGCAUCAUCAAGCACGGUGCAAAACAGGCUGAAGACGAUCCGAAUCGGAUUUGAAGUGUUCGGUCGCUGUAAUGGAUAUUACUGACUGUUGCUGCUGCUUCCAAUUCCGGUUUUAUAUUUUAUAUGUGCUAUACGUUUCCUUGACCUUUGAUUCCCUUUUCUACUUAAGCAUUGAUUUCGGAGCGAUUGCAAUCUCAUGUUCACGGUUUCCUAGCUCGAAUCUUAGCAAUGGUUGAAUCUUUUUGUUUCUUUGUCAGGCCCUGUUAAUCUCGACGCGAAAUUUCCUUAUCUGUUCUUUUGCUGACUUGCGAAUCUGAAUUAUCUUCUUAACUGAAAAGCAAUAAAUGUAUUUUCGAAUAGUA